CUGGUGUUUCCCGGCGCGGAUUUGCAAGGGGCCGGCGCCGGAGGAGUGCGCGGCAGCCAAGGGGUUAAGGCGGCGAGCCAUCUGGCGGAGCGGGUUUCUUAUAGCCGCGCAGAUUCAGGUUCGCGGGCGCAGAGGUUGCAGCUCGUCUCUCGGCUCGGAGCCGUGCAAGUUGCGGGGGGCCCCUGCUGCUGCUGCUGCUGCCGCCGGCGGGCGAGCCAGCGCGCCUCUCCAAGGGCCGGAUCCUGCGCAGCCAGCUCGCUCUCUUCAUGUCGGCUUCCCUGCAAACGGCCCCGCGGAUGCCAUGCUCACUUCUGCCACGAUCUUACACGUGAACAAGGUGAUGUCCAUCUUGUUUUAUGUGAUAUUCCUUGCUUAUCUCCGUGGCAUCCAGUCUACCAACAUGGACCAAGGGAGUUUACCAGAAGAUUCAAUAAAUUCUCUCAUUAUAAAACUUAUUCAAGCAGACAUCUUAAGAAAUAAGAUCUCCAAGCAAAUCACAGAUAUAAAGGAUAGUGUUCAAGACACAAUGAAGAAAACAGAGACUGCUGAGCCUGAUAUGGAUGGCAAUGAAAGUGUGAAACUGGAUUUCCAGCCGGUUAUCUCAAUGGAUACAGAACUACUAAAACACCAGAAACGCUAUAGCUCCCCCAGGGUCCUCCUAAGUGACAAUACCCCAUUGGAACCCCCUCCAUUAUACCUUACGGAGGAUUACGUUGGCAGUUCUGUGGCAGCAAACCAAACGUCUCGGCAGAAGAGGUUUGCUGAAAACAAGAGUCAUCGUGGAGAGUAUUCCGUGUGUGACAGUGAGAGCCGAUGGGUCACUGACAAAUCUUCUGCCAUUGACAUUAGAGGACACCAGGUUACUGUGCUGGGAGAAAUCAGAACAGGGCCUUCCCCAGUCAAGCAAUAUUUUUAUGAAACAAAGUGUAAACAAGCCAAGCCUGCCAAAAGUGGCUGCCGUGGUAUAGAUGAUAAGCACUGGAACUCCCAGUGCAAAACAUCCCAAACAUUUGUACGAGCAUUGACUUCAGAAAACAAUAAACUUGUAGCCUGGCGAUGGAUAAGAAUAGACACUUCUUGUGUGUGUGCAUUAUCCAGGAAAAUUGGACGAACAUAGGUCUGUGCCUCUCCGUCGUAUAAAUUAUUAUGUCUAAAUUAUAUGAUAUGCAUGUAGCAUAUAAAUGUUUAUAUUGUUUUAUAUAUUAUAAGUUGUCCUUAUUUAUUAAAUUCCAGAAAACUGCCAUGUGUGUAUGUAUAUGUGUAUGUAUAUAUACAUAUAUAUAUACAUAUAUAUAUGCAUGCACAUAAACAACACCAAUUAAAAAACAGUAAAGUAUGGAUAUCUACAAUUGGCUACACCAGUUUUCAUGACUGCUUGUGACUUCUGUUCCUCUUCAGCCUUCCAUAAGUUGCCUGUAAAAUCUUUGUGUAACAUUGGUAUUUUUUCGCCCAGAACUGUCAAUCCACUGACUUUCAUGGAGUAAACCUGUUAAAAGAAAUUA